AUGGAGGAGAUCUUCAAGGAUCAAGACUUUUGGUCCUUCAACGAGUCGUCUAUAAACUCCAGCGUCAGCAAUGAGACCCAUGGUGUGAACCAGACAGUGAACCCCCUGAGACGGAAUGAAGAGGUGGCCAAAGUGGAAGUCACUGUGCUGGCCUUGGUGCUGUUCUUGGCACUAGCUGGUAACCUUUGCGUCCUUAUUGCGAUCCACACAGCCAAGCACACUCAAUCACGCAUGUAUUACUUUAUGAAGCACCUUAGCAUUGCAGACCUGGUGGUGGCUGUCUUCCAGGUUCUGCCUCAACUCAUUUGGGACAUCACCUUUCGCUUCUAUGGACCAGAUAUCCUAUGUAGGUUGGUGAAAUAUCUUCAGACCGUCGGGAUGUUCGCCUCCACAUACAUGCUGGUGCUGAUGUCCAUUGACAGAUGUAUUGCGAUCUGUCAGCCUCUUCGUUCUUUACACAAGAGAAAGGACCGAUGUUACGUGAUUUUUUCUUGGGCACUAAGCUUAGUUCUCAGUGUCCCACAAGUUCAUAUAUUCUCCUUACGGGAGGUUGGUACUGGAGUGUAUGAUUGCUGGGGAGAUUUCGUGCAGCCUUGGGGAGCAAAAGCCUACAUUACAUGGAUAAGUCUGACAAUAUACAUCAUACCAGUGGCCAUACUGAGCGUCUGCUACGGACUGAUAAGCUUUAAAAUAUGGCAAAACUUUAAAAGGAAAACGAGGGACCCGUGCAUUACUCUCACAUCUACGGCAUCGAAAACCUACGCGCUCGCGCGGGUCAGCAGCGUCAGGCUCAUCUCCAAGGCCAAAAUCACCACUGUUAAAAUGACUUUUGUUAUUGUGCUGGCUUAUAUAGUGUGCUGGACUCCGUUUUUCUUCGUACAGAUGUGGUCAGCCUGGGAUCCAGAAGCACCAACAGAAGCCAUGCCCUUCAUCAUCUCCAUGUUACUGGCCAGCCUGAACAGCUGCUGUAACCCCUGGAUCUACAUGUUUUUCGCUGGGCAUCUAUUCCACGACCUGAAGCAGAGCCUGCUGUGUUGUUCCACGCUCUAUCUGAAGUCCUCUCAGUGCCGCUGUGAUCUGGAGCACGACUCGCGCAAGAGCAACUCUUCCAACUAUGUUAUCAAAAGCACCAGCAGCCAGAGGAGCAUCACCCAGACCUCCGUCACAUAAGUCAGACAUCCAAUUUUUCUGACAUUUUUGAAAGACUGGGAGAUUCAGAUGAAGGAAAGGACAGUUAAACUAUAAAUUAAUUUGGCACACAAGACUGGAAUUGAAGCUAAAUCUCACAAUCAAGUUCACCUCAGUUUUGUUUUCUUUUGGGAAUUAAUCAGAAUGUCAUUUAAU